AUGGACAACGCACCCUACCACUCCCAGCAAAUAAAUUGGGCACCGACAUCAGCUAACAAAAAGAAUGAAAUUCAGGAGUGGCUCCGCCAACACGGGAUUGAGUUUAGUGAUAGUGAGCUCAAGCCGGAACUAUCACAAAAGGUGCAACGGAACCGACCAGAAAAAAUAUACAAAUUGGAUCAGUUAGCUUUGGAGUCAGGACACGAAGUGAAUCGCUUACCACCUUACCAUUGCGAAUAUAACCCAAUUGAGUUGGUAUGGGCUCAAGUAAAAAAUGAAGUUGCCAGCAAAAACAGCACUUUUAAAAUUGCAGACGUCGAAGUUUUACUGCAUGAAGCAAUUUCAAACGUUUCGCAAAAGAACUGGGAAGAUUGUGUGAAGCAUGCAGAAAAACUGCAAGAGGAAGACUAG